CACGCUAUCAACUAUUACAUCACCUAAAGGAUAAUUAUACAAGUAAUUCUCCAUAAUUAUUAGAAUUAGUCACAUAAAGAUCAAAUAAGGCAAACAGCUUGUUAAAGAUCAGUCCGUGUAUAAAAUUAAAUCAGAAAAAAGAAAAACAGUUAAAACAAGGCGUAACUACAAGCUGUUACUAAAAAACAUCGUGUAUUUAUACGCGUCUAAUGACUCUAAUUAAAGUUCAGCUUUUAAAUUAUCCCUUUUAAUUUCUUUCCUUUUUUGUUUUUGCAUAACAAAACUCAGUCCAACUCGGUCCUGGAAAAGGAAAGAGGACAGUCCAACUCAGUCUUGGAAAAGGAAAGCGGACAUUACUAUAUAUAGUACUAGUAACGCAAUAAUUCUUCUCACUUAUACUUCAAGUACAACAAGUAUUACUAUUACUAUUAAAAGCUAAAUCUCACUCACCAUUGGACUCACUCCAAUAUUCCCAACACUAUUUAUAGCCAUAGACCAGUCCCCUGCCACCAACAAGUCGACUACUCUUUAAAUUCUAUAGCUAAACAUCAAAAGCGACGAAGUUCGUAACUAAUUCUGUUCUUUUUUAUAGUAUUCUCAGAAACACUGAGAAAUUAAAGCGACUAGUACAUCUAGCACGACCAUGGCCAUGCCGAUGUCGAAGAGAAGAAGAGUAGAAGAAGAAUCAGUAGAGAAAUUCGCAAUGGCGAAUUGUGUGGAUAUAAUGAAGAGGAACGAGUCGCUAGGACGAUCUAAACUCUUCGAGUGCAAGACAUGCAAGAAAAAAUUUGAUUCGUUUCAAGCACUUGGAGGGCAUAGAACGAGCCACAAGAAUACGAUGAAUAAGCUCAUCGCGACGAGUAAUACCGACGAAUUAUUACCCGUUAAGCCCAAAAAACACAAAUGCUUCCUUUGUGGCGAAGAGUUUGCUCUGGGUCAAGCUUUGGGCGGACACAUGAGAAAACAUCGCGAUGAAUUAAAUCAACUCGAGCAGAAGAAGAAGAAAUUGAAGCAGAAUUCGAAGAGUGAUGAAUUUGCAGAAGCUGUUCACGACAAGAAAUAUAAGGGUAGUACUGAAAGAAAUUUGUUUUUGGAUUUGAAUUUGACGCCGUAUGAGAAUGAGGUGACGACAGGGAUGAUUCCUGUUUAGUGCAUAGUUGUAAUUACUUAAAAAAUUAGUCAAGCUAAGUUAAUUCUCAAUGAAUUUAAGAUAUCACAUAAAUUGUACAGAUGAAGUAACUUUAAAGGAAGGCUGAAAAUAAAAGUUUGCUUGAAGUUGAUAUAUAUACUAGCUCGUUCUUGGUGAAACUUCUUUUAUUUUCUUUUCUCCUCUUUUUCCUAAUAUUACUAAUUGUAGUUAUUCGUGUUGUUGUA